AACCCCAAUCAAUUUCACAUUGCAUUGGAAAAAAGGAAAUUGGGUUUCUUCUUCCUGUGGUGCAUCCGAAAGAAGGAAGAAGAAGACAAUCGAUAGCCCCACAGAAGAAGAAGAAGUUAAAAUCACAGCGCAAUUGGGCCUCUUCAUCUUCAUUUCAGAGCUUCGGAGAAAUCAAUUGAGGGGUUUGAAAGAAAAAAUGGAGAAUCUGAUGGGUCUGCUCAGAAUCCACGUCUACAGAGGGGUCAAUCUCGCCGUAAGAGACGUUGUUAGCAGCGAUCCUUACGUUAUUUUCAAGAUGGGCAAACAGAAGUUGAAGACUCGAGUGGUGAAACAAAACAUCAAUCCGGAGUGGAACGAAGAUCUAACUCUAUCGAUCCAAGAUCCAAAUCUCCCCGUCUACGUGCUGGUAUACGACAAGGACUUGUUCUCGUUGGACGACAAGAUGGGCGAUGCAGAGUUCGACGUUCGGCCAUUCAUGGAAGCGGUGAAGAUGAGGCUGAACAACCUCCCAAGUGGAACCAUCAUAAGAAAGAUUCAACCAAGCAGGGAGAAUUGCUUGUCUGAAGAAAGUUGCAUAGUUUGGGCAAAUGGACAAGUUAUUCAGAAGAUGUUUCUAAGGCUAAGAAAUGUGGAGUCUGGUGAAAUUGAACUGCAGUUGCAAUGGAUUGAUAUUCCUGGUUCCAGGGGAUUGUAAAUUUAGAUUAGAUACUAAAAAACAAAAAAAAAUUAAAACACAUCAUAUUUUAUGAACUAAUUAAGUUUCUUUUCUGGAUUUUAAUUUGGUGUUUUUGUUUUCAAACUUUUAGUUGGCCUCCCAAUGUCCAAUGGAUUAGUGGAGAAUAUCUACAUGGUUAUGUAUCUUCAAAUGUCUUUUAUGGUUUAUUUGAUUGUCGAAGAUUUCAAAUGAGUU